AAGAGCCCAGAAGCGCACUUCCUUUAAAUAUCAAACAGUUGUCUACCCUCAUCCUUCUUUUGCAGCCUCUCCUCUCCUCUGUCUCCUUCUCUACUGGAAAUUGAACGCUGGGAGGGGAGAAGAAGAAGACAAGAGGAAAAGAAGAGGAGAGGUUUAUAACUCAUCAGAUCAAUAUGCAGCAAAGCAACGGUCCUGAUCUGAACUCAGCACUGCCGACGCCGCCGACGCCUCAGCAGCAGCAACAGCAACAGCAACAACCACAUCAGAAUCAGCGGCAGCAGCAAUGGCUCCCACAUAUGCCGCCCCAUCUUCAGCAGCAGCAGCAGUGGAUGGCGGCUAUGCAGUAUCCGGCGGCGGCUAUGGUGAUGAUGCAGCAGCAGAUGAUGAUGUAUCCACAGCAACACCACCAUUACAUGGCUUACUAUCAACAACAACAGCAACAGUACCAAAAGCAGCAGCAGCAGCAACAGCAACAGCAACAGUAUCAAAAACAACAUAAAUCACAGCCACAGGGAGCGUCCGAAGAGGUCAAGACUAUAUGGAUCGGUGACUUGCUUCAUUGGAUGGAUGAAACUUAUCUGCAUAAUUGCUUCUCUCAUACAGGCGAGGUUUCCUCUGUUAAAGUGAUACGCAAUAAGCAGACUGGUCAGCCAGAAGGGUAUGGAUUUGUUGAGUUUUAUUCACAUGCAACAGCUGAGAAAGUUUUGCAAAGCUAUAAUGGCUCUGUGAUGCCAAACACAGAUCAGCCCUUCCGCCUUAAUUGGGCAAGCUUUGCAGGUGACAGGCGAUUGGACGCUGGUUCUGACCUAUCUAUAUUUGUUGGCGAUUUGGCUGCAGAUGUGACUGAUGCUAUGUUGCAGGAAACCUUUGCCAGUAAAUAUCCAUCUGUCAAGGGAGCCAAAGUUGUAACUGAUCCAAACACUGGCUGUUCAAAAGGUUAUGGUUUUGUUAGGUUUGGUGAUGAAAAUGAGAGGUCAAGGGCCAUGGUAGAGAUGAAUGGAAUUUAUUGCUCGAGUAGGCCCAUGCGCAUAGGUGUUGCAACUCCCAAAAAGUCAUCUGGAUAUCAACAGUAUUCUUCACAAGCUUUGGUGUUGGCUGGUGGACAUGCUCCAAAUGGUGCUAUGGCCCAGGGAUCCCAAUCUGAUGGAGACUCUAAUAAUACAACUAUAUUUGUGGGAGGAAUUGACUCUGACAUCAGUGAUGAGGAUCUGAGGCAGCCUUUUUCCCAGUUUGGUGAGGUUGUGUCUGUGAAGAUACCUGUUGGGAAGGGAUGUGGUUUUGUGCAAUUUGCUAACAGAAAGAGUGCUGAGGAUGCGCUGCAGAGUUUGAAUGGCACAACAAUUGGAAAGCAGACAGUUCGCCUCUCUUGGGGUCGCAGUCCAGCACACAAGCAGUGGAGAGGGGAUCAUAAAUAUAAUCAGUGGAAUGAUGCAUAUUUUGGAGAGCAAGGGUAUGGUGGAUAUGGAUAUGCAAUGGCACCAAAGCAGGAUCAGAACAUGUAUGUUGCAGCUGCAGCUUCAGGCGCAUCUUAACUGCAGCACAACAAUUACCAACAGCAGCUUGUGGGACAGGCCUUCGUCGGCUGUCAUCAAAACUAUGAUUAGAUGUAGGAUUGCUUUAGCCGCUGCUUCUGCUUCUGCUUUGGCUUUCUGUACUCUGGAGGAUUUUGUAGCUUUGAUUGAACUUUUAUGUCAUGAAGUUGUGUUGAAGUUGUAUCAAUAUUUGCUGAAUUUUUUUGGGUUUGCUUGGAGAGUCCCAUUGAUGGGUGGGAGUCUUUAGUUUGUUGGUGUUAAACUUCAAGCAACAAGAAAUGAUGAAAGCUUUUUGACUA